GAAGCCAUCGGCAAGCGUUCGUUCUGUCAAAUAAUAAUUUUCCAAAAAAUCAUUUUCACACAAAAAGCUUUCAUUAUUCGGAUCAAAUGGAAUUUCUUAAUCCUUUGAAUUUCAAAAAGAAUGGUUUUUACCAACAAAAAAUCAAUACUCUAUCAGAUUGUCAUAUAAUUUACUCCCAUGGAUAACAACAAGAAGAGAAACUUGAAAGUCCAUUAGUCACAUGAUCUCCAUCAAAGCAACGAGUCUUUAAAUGACACUCUAUCAAAUUGCGAAUCUAAUGAAUUCCACCAUCAUCACCAGCACAUCGUCAGCAGCGGUGGAUAGCAGCAUCCUCUUAUCAGACGACAUCGUGGUGUUUGAAUUGUCAAAUGUCACAACCACAAUAUUUUCAUUAAUCUCGCCAACGACAACAGCAUCGGAUAUCGGAUCUCAAAAUGGCCUUGCACCAUCACACUCGGCAUCGCCACCCCUUCAAACGGCUGCAACUUCGCCAGCGGCAAUGGGACAAAUACAAAUUGGUCUAUAUGCGACCAUCUUCUUGUUGGCAAUUGUCGGUAACAUCCUUGUGAUUUUAACGCUAGUGCAGAAUCGUCGAAUGCGGACGAUAACGAAUGUGUUUCUGCUGAACUUGGCAGUGUCCGAUUUAUUGCUUGGAAUGCUGUGCAUUCCGUUUACAUUGGUCGGAGCCAUGUUGAGGAAUUUCAUUUUUGGAGAAUUCAUGUGCAAGAUAUUGCCAUAUUUGCAAGCAUGCUCUGUAUCCGUUUCCGCUUGGACAUUGGUGGCAAUUUCCUGUGAACGUUAUUACGCCAUCUGUCAUCCUCUGCGCUCUCGCACGUGGCAAACUUUAAAACAUGCCUACAAACUGAUUGCUCUGAUAUGGAUUUGCAGUUUAAUGUUCAUGGUGCCAAUUGCAGUUCUCAGUAAAUUAAUUCCCAUCGGAAAGGGUCAUCAUAAAUGCCGUGAAUAUUGGCCACCCAGCGUUAAGCCAUACGAAAAAGCCUACAAUAUUUUCUUGGAUUUAAUCCUCUUGAUAAUUCCCGUCGUUGUGCUAACAGCAACUUAUUCCCUCAUUUCGAGGACUCUUUGGCAUGGAAUGAGAGCUGAAAAAGUCGCAAAAAGUACACAAUCGACAGAUAAUUUAAUGGAAGUCUUCAUCAGUAAAAAUGGUUCGCCAGGCAAUCGAAGCUUCAUGUCAUACCGAACGACUUCACGGGACAACCUUGCCGCCAACUAUACUCAAUACGCAAACAAUUGCGUUCAAACGCCGAACAACACAACAUUCAAAGAGUUUUCAUAUUCGACAAGAAGGAAACAGGGUCUAAGGAGGACAAACAUUGAAAAAAGCCUCCAAAACAAGAAACGUGUGAUAAAAAUGUUAUUUAUGGUUGUGUUAGAAUUCUUCAUCUGCUGGACACCGCUCUACACCAUCAAUACAAUCUCAAUGUUUAGUCCGUCAUUGGUGUAUCAAAAUUUGGGAUAUUCUGGAGUGAUUUUCUUUCAACUUCUAGCCUAUUCAUCCAGUUGUUGCAAUCCAAUAACUUAUUGCUUCAUGAAUCGUGGCUUUCGAAAGGCAUUUUUGAAUUUAUUUCGGUGCUUCAAAAGAUUUCGUUCCCCAAAACGAAAAAUCAGCAUUGGAGAUGUUGCCACUCAAGACACUGACUUGGAAAUAAGUAAAUUUCAAUUUCAACAAAUUUGUAAUGAUUCAACGGUAUCAUAUUGAUUAAGGCCUAAUAAUUAUUCACCAAUGGCUCAGAGCUCACAUUUUUAAAAAAAUUAAAAAAAAAAAAAGAGACUGUAAAAAUACAAAAACAAUAUAUAAAAUAAAUGGGCAGGAAAUUUUUAUUAUUUUUUUUCUAAUUUGUAGUAACAGUAAUUUAAAAAAUUGGAAUCGAACUUAAUUUUUGUAGAUUUUUUACUUAUUAUGCAUUUCUUAAAAAUUUAUCACAGUUUUACGGGAUGUUUUGAAAAAUUUGGAACAAUUUUUUCUCACGUCGGUUACACUUGACAAUCAUAAAAAAAACCUGUCUUAUGUUCUUUUGAUUGGAAGACUUUCUUCAUCGGGACAAGAACUCUCCAAAUUCAAUGUUUCACCCUCCACUAAUAGAAGACGGAAGCCUAACAGCCCUGAAUAAAUAAUACUGUGCCAGCUUGCAUUUUUUUUUUUCUAAAUUCCAAUUUUUCUAAAGAAUAAAAAAACAAGCCCAUUUCAUAUGCCCUUCGAAAUUAAAAAAAAUAAAAUUUUUAAACAAAAAAGGUUGUUACCAAAUUUCAUUUUCUGAUUCUUAAAAUAAAACCACCAAAAAAACGAAAAUGACUUUAAAAAAAAA